UUUAUUUAAAAUUUUUUCCACCUCUCUCUCACACUGUAAAACUCUCCCUCUCGUCCGACGAAUAAUAAUAUUUUAAUAACGCCGCGGAUAUUUAUUACAUUUACAUUAUAAUAAUUGUUGUGAGCCGAACACGGAAAUAGAUUUUCGGCUCAAAUCUCAUGGCGCGUCGUUAGUCAUUUGGCAAUAAAAUAAUACACGGAAUCGCUGCCGAUGUCUUGUCGUCUUAUCAUGAGUUUUUUUUUUUGUUUCCAAGACGAACAAUAGUGGAGUAGAGUAUAGUAAACUGUAAUAAUAAUAAUAAUCAUAUAUAUAUAUAUAUAUAUAUAUUUAGUAGUAGUGGUCUAGUGGUCGUAGUAGUGGUGUUUCCUUUUUGGCUCUAUCCGAAAACGGCAAUCAAUUUUUUUUCCGGACAACACAAUAUCAAAAUAUUCUGGUUUUCGAAAAUCAAAAAUACACGCACACAUCCACACACGUAAAUGACAUACACACAUGUACGGUACACAUAAUACAUCAUAUUCUUAUACACGCAUGUGUGUUAUUAUUACUGUUUAGUGUUUUCAUUUUUAAAAAUGAUAAACGUCUGAAUGGCGUAUUAAGUUUCACGGGACCACCGUCGUAAACACGUCGUCCCGGAACAGUCGUGACCGGACCUCACACGCCAGUCGACGUUCACGUCGGAUUUAUCGUACCAUCGGUGAUUGAUAUUCAGAAAAUAAGAAUUGUCUCUUCUGGCGCAAUGAAUCCUGCUGUUAAUAUUUCUAGUGUGCGAUACAGCAUUAGUGAUGAAUUAAAUGGAUCCUCAGAUAGGUUGGCUGCAACCAGAACAAGUAGGUCCCGCUCAAGAAUUUUGGUCCAGAAUUUUGGACUCCUCUGAAAAUACCGAUAGUAACGACGAUAAGUAUAGUACUGAAACUGUUCAAGAGGAAGAAGACGACGACGAAUAUACGUUGCCAUUGGAUUGGAAGUUUGAUUUUUCUAUAGACGAACAAGAAAUCAAGACUAGUAAUCUAUAUGAGCAAGGCUUGUUCACAAAUAUAGCCAGUACAUACGAUAUGAACAAAAUGCAAGCACAUUACAUUGGCAAAUUUGGUGGGUGUCCAUGGAGACAUGGAAAAAGUUAUGACCGCCAACCAAUUUGCACCCUCCAUAAAGAGAUAGAAGACUUUUUUGCAUAUAUGUCAGCCACACCAGAAGAGCAUAGCAUGCGGCUCGAUGUACUGGAACGUGUUACUAAUGUUAUACAUGCUGAAUGGCCUAAAGCUAAAGUUGAAGUAUUUGGUAGUUUUCGAACAGGACUUUAUUUGCCCACCAGUGAUAUGGAUCUAGUAGUAAUAGGCGAAUGGGACACGUUACCAUUGCAUUCACUUGCUCAAGCUCUACUUAAAAAUAGUGUCUGUAAUGAAAAUAUUCAAGUUCUUGACAAAGCAUCGGUUCCAAUUGUCAAAAUGACAGAUAAGGCUACUGAUGUUAGAGUGGAUAUUAGUUUUAACAUGAAUAAUGGUGUUAAAUCAGCUGAAAUGAUAAAACACUAUAUGGAUGUUUUUCCCAUGCUUCCUAAACUUGUAUUAGUGUUAAAACAAUUUUUAGCCCAGAGGGACAUGAAUGAAGUGUUCUAUGGAGGGAUAUCUUCUUACAGUUUGAUCCUUAUGGUUGUCAGUUUUUUGCAGUUACAUCCUAGAGGAGAUUUAAAUUACCCCACUGCCAAUCUAGGUGUAUUGUUAAUAGAGUUCUUUGAACUUUAUGGUAAAAAAUUUAACUAUAUGCACACAGCUAUACGUGUGAAAGAUGGUGGACAAUACAUAUCUAAAGAUGAAGUUCAAAAAGACAUGGCUGAUGGUCAUAGGCCAAGUAUUUUAUGUAUAGAGGAUCCAUUAACCCCUGGAAACGAUAUUGGGCGUGGUUCUUAUGGUGCUCUUCAAGUAAAAAGUGUAUUUGAGUAUGCAUUUACCACAUUAAAAGCUGCCCUCGACCCUCAAAUUGUUUCACCUAGUUUUAGUAUACUUGGACGAAUAGUACGAGUUAAUGACAAAGUUAUACUUUACCGGCAGUGGGUUAGAGAUACUUAUGCCUUACAAAAUACUCAAAGAGUGAUAAUUAAUAAUUAUUUGACCACUAGUAAUAUUAGUAACAAUGUUAGUGUGUCUACAACUACUAGUAGUAGAGCUUCUACAGUAUCUUCUGGUUCUGGAUCAGCUGAAUCUGACUCUGAGAGUAGUAUAGAAAAAUUAAGUGAUGCUGGUGAUCACAAUGAUCAGAAUAGUAAUUACCAACCCAGACGUAAAAAUGCACAUUAUCAUAGACAUAAUAGUUGGAAUAAUCAACAGAAUUAUCAAAUGAUUAACACUGGUAAUCACCCACCUACACGUACUCAAAGAGUAAUAUGCACUAGUCCAGCUAAUAAUUACCAACAUCAUCGUGGUUUCACAAACAACAAUUAUAAUAAUAAUUAUAAUCACCAUCAAAACUACCGGCCAAACACGGGAAAUAAACACCAGUAUACGGGAAAUUAUCAACCACACUUUGGUAAUUUUUUACUACACAAACGGCAAAAACGAAAAAACCAAACUCAAGAUGUAAGAUAAUACACGUGCGUCCAAUGUUGAAACUUAAAAAAUAAAUAAAUGAGACAAAGUAAAUGAUAACUUAAAAUAUAAAAAAAAAAAAAUUAAAAAAUAAAAUUAAAAAAAAAUAACAAAAAUACCAAAAAUGUAAAAAAAACCAUGAGGAUCGUCCUUUCUCGACGAUUUUUUUUUCUUAAAUGUAAAACAAUCAUAUUUAUUAUAUAGAAAAAAUUAUAUUUAACAGUUAUAUAAAAUUAAUAAUUAGUUCUGAAAAAUAUUUUAAAAUUAAAUUCAAAAACUGCGUUUGCUUUUUUUUUUGAAAAAAAAAAAAAUUAAUAUAAUUUAAUAGAACUAUACAGCGAUUUUUUAUGAAGCUGUCAAUUUUUUUUUAAAUAUUCACAUAAUUUUUUAUUUAUUCGUACAUUUGAAAAUGUCUAAUAUUUAAAGACAAAUUCAUUCAACUCGGAAAACAUCCUGUUGGUCCCGCGGUAUACAUAUAUUUAUAUUUUUUUUUCAUAUGUAUAUAAUGAAUACAUUAAAAUAUAUAUGUGCAUAAAAAGCAUAUGCUCCACUUAUGUAGUUAAAUCGUCACUGCCACAAAAUGUAUUGAAAAAAUAUAAAAGAACUGUGGCGUUAACAUUUAAAAUCGCGCGCGUCAAAGCCCACUGUGUUCCUAGUCAUUUUUAUAAUUAAAUUUUAAUUUACAUGUAAAUUUGUAGUUGUAAAUCAAAUAUUAUUUAAUAUUUAUUAUAAGAGUGCAAAUAAAUUUGAAAGUUAUUUAUGUACGGACACGCUGUCUUUCCAAAACUAAUAAACGCAUCAACGUGGAAACAUGUUCAUAGGAGCUUAUUUUCGUCUAUACUUAAUGCUAAUACUGAGUGCUAUGUACAAGUUGUUUUGGUUUUUUUUUCUCUUUCUUUUGUUAGCAUUGUUUAGAUAUAAGCGUGAAGUAUGAAAAGUUUACGGAUUGUUACUAUGUUCAUAAGUGUUACUUUACUACAAUGCACUGCGUUGUUCUCACACCGUCAUGAAAAUUAAUAAUUUAUAUUUUACAUAUAUAUGUGUAUGUGUAUAUUUUAUUUUAUACAUAUUCAUAUAUAUGUAUAAGCAUGUGUAUAAGAAAGAACACCACUAACAUUGUUAAUUUGGUGAAGUGUAAAUGAAUGUUAGAUUAUGAUUUAUGACACAGGUAUCCACAACGCUGUGUAUGAGUAGUAAGCAACUAUAGUUACUAUGGAGACUGUUAUCUAUGUCACCAGAUUAUGUAAAAAAAAUGUACAUUUUUUUUUUUUUUUUUUUGAAAGGUAUAAAUAAUACGUUUUGUUUUAUUACUUUUUUUUUUUUUUUUGUAAUAAACAUCUUUAGGCCAAAAUGUGUGCCCUUAAUAAAUUUAAAACAAUCUCUAAAUUCAUCUCCAACUUUUACUUGUAAUAUUUCCUAUUCCUUAGGUGCCUUAUAAGUUAAUUUUGUUCUUAAGUAUCGACUUUUUAAGCAAUUAAUAAAUGUAAUUUAAUAACUAUUAAUGUCAUUAACUGUUCCAAAGUUUGUUCCUAUAGGGUCAUCAAAGAAGUAUUAAAUUUAUCAUAAAACAAAAAAAUAAUAAUAUAUCAAGUAAAAUAAAUAUUUAUGAUAAAAA